AUGGAGUUUCACGGUCUUCCAAGAAAGGAGCUUCAAGCUCUUUGCAAGAAGAACAAGAUUCCGGCUAAUAUGACCAACGUUGCCAUGGCUGACGCUCUCGCCGCUCUUCCACAGGUUGAGGGAUUGGGCGAAACUGUGAAUCCUAAGGAAGGUGGUGGUGAUACUGGUACCCCGGCUGUUCAACCUCAAACAGCUGGUAGAACUACAACUCAAAGGAAGCCGGUGAAAGAAUCGGAAACCUCUAAGAUCUCUACACGGCUUAACCGUGGAGCGAGAUCUGGAGUAGUUGAAGGAGAGGUUGAGCAAGAGAACAAAGAUGCUAAUGUCCCUAUUACUACUCCUGCUGUUGUGCCAUGUGGCAGGAGAAGGGCGGCCCCUGCUGUUUCUACUCGCAGAAAGAAGGAAGUGGAAGUGAUCAUUUUAGAUGAGGAAGAAGAAGACGAUAAGAAUGAAGUUGAAGAAAAGCCUAAGGAUGUGGCGGCUAAAACUCCGGCUGUAGUGCCCAAAAGUAAGACAAGAGCAGCGGGCCGUUCGGUUCGCGACAAGAAAGAGGUCUCUGAUGGAACUUCAUUGCAGAACGCCUUUAGUACAAGGAGGUCUGUGAGAGUGUUGGGCAAGAGCUUGUCAAAGGUUAGCUUGGUGGAGACCGAGGACAAGGAGCAGACCAAGAACGAGGAUGUUUCUGAAGAUGGGACUAGUUUGCAGACAGAUUCAAAUGGGGUUUCUCAGAACAAGGAUGAAGUUGAAGUUUCCUCUGUAAACAAAGCUGACUAUGAAACCAAGUCACAUGAUUCUGGUUCGGAAGCGAAAUCAGCUGAUGCAGAGGAUGUGUUGCAGGCUGAACCAGAGGUAGAGGGUUCAGAGAAUGUUAAUCACGUGGAGGCACAUGAGGACCUAAGUUUAAAUCUGGAAGACAGUUUUGAGACAUGUGUUGAUUCAAAAGAAGCAGAACCUGAGCAGCCUAAACCGGAAGAAUCUGAUGAUACUGAUGAAACUGAAAAUAUAGAAAGCUUUGGAGCCAAACAAGAUCAAGCUAUGGAGUUUGCUGCCCCAGAAGAGACUCCUCUGGAAGUUACUGACCAAGCUAUUGGUGAUACUGCUGAAAUUGAAAAUAAGAAAAGCUUUGGAGCCGAACAAGAUCAAGCUAUGGAGUUUGCUUCCCCUGAAGAGACUCCUCUGGAAAUUACUGACCAAGAUAUUAGUGAUACUGCUGAAAUUGAAAAUAAGAAAAACUUUGAAGCCGAACAAGAUCAAGUUAAGGAGUUUGUUGCCCCAGAAGAGGUUCCUCAGGAAGUUGCUGACCAAGCUAUUGGCGCUUCAACCGAUGUUGUCUCUGGUGAUAUUUCUAUGGAAGUUGCUGACCAAGAGGAUGUUGCUGACUUGUCUGUUGAAGCAUCUGAAGAAGCUUCCAAGGGGACUGCAGAACAAUCUACUGUUGGCUUGUCAGUUGAGGCAUCUGAUGAGGCUAUUGGCGCUUCAACCAAUGUUGUCUCUGGUGAUAUUUCUAUGGAAGUUGCUGACCAAGAGGAUGUUGCUGACUUGUCUGUUGAAGCAUCUGAAGAAGCUUCCAAGGGGACUGCAGAACAAUCUACUGUUGGCUUGUCAGUUGAGGCAUCUGAUGAGGCAUCUAAGGAGAUUUCUCACCAAGCUAUUGCCUCUUUAACUGAUGUAGUGUCUGAUGAUGCUUCUAUGGGAGUUGCUGACCAAGAUUUUGUUGGCUUAUCCAUUGAGGCUUUUAAGGAGGCUUCCGAACUAGCUACUGUUGGCUUAUCCAUUGAGCCAUCUGAAGAAGCUUCUAAGGAGAUUUCUCACGAAGCUAUUACCUCCUCAACUGUUUUGGUGUCUGAUGAUGCUUCUAUGGAAGUUAAUGACCAAGAAGAUGUUGCUGGUUUGUCUACUGAGAUAUCUGAAGAGGCUGUAAAGGAAACUGCCGAACUAGCUACUGUUGGCUUGUCCAUUGAGUCAUCUGAAGAAACUUCUCAGGAGAUUUCUCACCAAGCUAUUGCGCCUAUAGAUGUAGUGGUACCUGAUGAUGCUUGUGUCGAUAAUCGUGAUGAAGGUGUUGCUGACAUGGAAUUUGAAGAGGUAGAGAAUAUAGAGGGUGCAGUUUCUGCUACUGUUGGCUUGUCCAUUGAGUCAUCUGAAGAAACUUCUCAGGAGAUUUCUCACCAAGCUAUUGCGCCUAUAGAUGUCGUGGUACCUGAUGAUGCUUGUGUCGAUAAUCGUGAUGAAGGUGUUGCUGACAUGGAAUUUGAAGAGGUAGAGAAUAUAGAGGGUGCAGUUUCUGCUAUUCCAGCAGAAAAAGAUGAAUCUUCUGGCAGAGCUGAAAAUGAGGGCGAAGAAGAAAGCAACGAUGUAGAAAAGAAGCUGGAAGUAGAAGCUCAAACUGAAGAACACACUGAGCUUGAAGAUGAGAGCGAAAAAGAAUUCAACAGUGUUGAAAAGCUGGAAGUAGAAGCACAAGCUGAAGAACUUGCCACAGAAGGAAACCCUGAGCUUGAAGCGGUGGUUCAAGUCAAUGAUCAGAAAACCAGUGAUAUUGCUGUUGAGUCCGUGUCUGUUGAGCAGAUAAUGGAAGAACCCAUUUGCUCACCUCAGUUAGAAACUAAGGAAAAGUUGAAAACCAUUGAUGUUCAGGAAAUGAGUAUGCGGAGACUCAAGAAGUUGCUGAAAUCAGGAACCAAGGAAAUUUCAAAUGAAAUUCAAGCCGUUAGUGUUGAGAGUGACAUGAACAGGCUGUUAUCAGGAACCAAAGAUAUUUCUAAUGAAAUUCAAGAAGUUACUAGUGUUGAGGGUGUCAUUAACAAGCAGUUACUGAAAUCAGGAACCAAAGAAAUUUCUAAUGAAAUUCCAGCAGUUCCUACUAGUGUUGAGAGUGACAUGGACAAUCCUAAUACGAAGAAGGAAAACUCGAAAACCAUAGAUGUUCAGAAUAUGAGUAUGAGAGGUCUAAAAAAAUUGCUGAAGGAGAAGCUAGAUGGAAAACUGGCCAUGACUGUUGAUGGUGAUGUCCAAAUGCAGGGAGUGGAGAAGAAGAGAACUGCACUGCAAGCACUGCCACAAAAUCAGUUGGCUGAGAAAAAGGCCAUGUAUUAG